AUGGGAUUCUCAUCUGCCAUGUUUGGAGCUUCUCUCAUCUCCAACUCCAUCUCCUCUGAGUCCAACUUCAACAAACGAGACUUGGUCAACAACUGCUGCUGCUCGUCCCAAAACAUGCCCGACACCUGUGCUUGCAAAAAGUGCGGCUGCAAGGCCUGCAAGUACUAA